AUGCCCGAUGUGAAGUUUUGCGACAUCGGGGCGAAUUUAGUCUCCGCCUCACCCUCGACGUUCGACGGUUUUUACUUCGGCUCGCAAGUGCAGUCGCAUCCGGAGGAUUCGGAGGACGUUUUGGAGCGAGCGAAACGAGUGGGCGUGAGGGAGAUUUUAGUCACCGCGGGAACUUUGGAGGAGGCGAAAGCGGCGGCGAGCAAGUGUCGGAUGUGGAACGAAAAGAGUUUUAGGAAGAGUAGUAAUAGUAUCAAUAAUGACCGAGAAGGGGCUGAUGAUGAUGAGGAUGGUAGCGAAGGGGUGUUUCCGAAGAUGUACAGCACGGUCGGCGUGCAUCCGACCAGGUGCGACGAGUUUGAGGAAAAGUACGACGGCUCGCCCGAACGGUAUUUACAAGCGCUGAAAACGGUCGUUCGAGAGAACGCGGACGUCGUUAAAGCGAUUGGCGAGUGCGGAUUAGAUUACGAUCGGUUGCAUUUCUGCGAGAAAGAGACGCAGAAGAAGUAUUUUCAAUUUCAAUUCGAGUUGGCGAAGGAGUUUGAUUUGCCUUUGUUUUUGCACUCGAGAAACUCGAGGGAGGAUUUUUACGAGAUUUUGAAGAGGAACGUAAAGCACUUGAGAAAAGGAGCCGUCGUGCACUCGUUCACGGGAACUCGAGAAGAAUUCGAAGAGUUGUUAGCGCUGGACGAUAAGAUAUAUAUCGGCGUCAACGGGUGUUCGCUGAAAACGGAAGAGAACGUAAACGUGGUCCAAUCCAUCCCGCUCGAUCGCAUGCUCUUGGAAACGGACGCGCCGUGGUGCGCCGUCAAAAAAACGCACUUUGGGAACACAUUUUUGGAAGGAGGAGAAAACAGUAAUCGAAUCCAGACUCUGUUCGGCACACCGGUGAAACCGAAAAAAUGGCAAAAAGGCUCGAUGAUUAAAGACCGCAGCGAACCGUGUCAAAUCGCGACGGUGUGCGAAAUCGUCGCCGGAUGUAAAGAAACGUCCUACGAAGACGUCGCGGAGGCGUGUUAUCGAAACUCUCGCGAUCUGUUCUUCUCCCCUUCUUCUUCGUAA